UCGCCAGCAGCGGUGUUGAGAGGCUUUUGUUGUUGGUUUUCUGUACCUACCUUAUAUUUUUCAUUCGCUGCAUCGCUGAUGGCAGGUAGUAGAGUAGGUAGUUGAUGUGAGGACUGAGGCGAGUGAUGAAGAUCUUGUAAGAGUUUUUCGCUGGUCCGGCCAACCAAACCACCAAGUGUACAGUGUAGUAGGAUCAGUAGGAUGGAUUCGGGUCGAAACUGUAUGUUUUAGCCAGCCUUCGCCUUGCCCGACGGCCAAUUACUAAUGCUGCGUGUUUUGUCGCGUUUUGUGAAAAGUUUUGCACCGAAAAACGAGAGCAAUUUACGGUAAUUUGAUUGUGUGUUGGUGGUAAAGAGCAAAAGAGUGCAUAAUCAUCAGUAACACCGUAGCAGCUAACGGAGUGUGAGGAGACCUGCAUACGAUAAGCUGGAGUGUAAUAAAUUUCUGAACUGAAACCAAUUGUGCAAGUCGUUGACCAGUGAAAGGCAAGGGUUUUAUCGGGAAGGGCUAAUUAGUGGUACAAGCCAUAAGUGGAAAGUCGCCGGGGGACGCGCGACUUCAACCGAACGGAAGAGCAGGCAGUUGCAGCGCCUAGCAGCAGCAGCAGUGGUGUCCCUACGGAAGAAAGGAUAUGGGUUACGACCUGACACGCUUCCAGGGGGACGUUGACGAGGAGCUGAUCUGUCCGAUCUGUUCCGGUGUGCUGGAGGAACCGUUGCAGGCCGUGGCAUGCGAGCACGCAUUCUGCCGAGCGUGCAUCACAGAGUGGCUCUCGCGGCAGCCGACCUGCCCGGUCGAUCGGAACCCAAUAACGAACAGUAACCUGCGGGCUGUGCCCCGGAUACUGCGGAACCUACUGUCCCGGUUGAACAUCAGCUGCGAGAAUGCCAUGUACGGUUGCACUCUAGUCCUCAAGCUGGACACUUUGGCCACUCACAUCGAGGAGUGCGAGCACAACCCGAAACGUCCGCUGCCCUGCGAGAAGGGCUGCGGGUUCGUGAUUCCGAAGGACGAGUACAAGGAUCACAACUGCUUCCGGGAGCUCCGGUCGCUCGUGCACAACCAGCAGCAGAAGAUGAGCGAACUGAAGAACGAAAUCAACGAUCAAAAUCUGGUGAUAAACGAACUGAAGCGGGAACUGAAUCUGGUGAAGGAUUUUAUGAGGGCGAUGCGCGUGUCGAAUCCCGCGAUGCGAGCCAUCGCCGAUCAGAUGGAACGGGACGAGGUGACCCGGUGGUGUAACGGACUGGCGAGAGCACGCGUCACCCGGUGGGGCGGGAUGAUUUCCACACCGGACGAUGCACUACAGUUGAUGAUUAAGCGGGCUCUCUCGGAAUCGGGUUGUCCACCGCACAUCCUCGACGAUUUGAUGGAAAACUGCCACGAGCGGAGGUGGCCCCGAGGCUUGAGUUCGCUGGAAACCCGCCAGAAUAACCGACGGAUAUACGAAAACUACGUCUGUCGACGGAUUCCUGGAAAGCAAGCCGUACUGGUACUGCACUGUGACAAUACGCACAUGUCCGAGGACGUGAUGGUGGAACCGGGACUGGUCAUGAUAUUUGCUCACGGUAUAGAAUAAGACGUGCGUUUCGGACUGCUCGGAAACUGCGCUGACCAACCUCCUCUAUCACCUCUAACUUCCCCUACAACCACUAUUUUAGUCAGGCAAAUAAUAGAACCUAAAUCAUUGUUUGUUGUCGCGUCAAUAUCGAUAAAUAAUAGCAGCAGCAUAAGUCACCACCAGCACAGCUUGGGUGUCUAACCUAAAAGCAAAACUCUGACUGGAACACUACUCCAGGCAAGCUUCUCCUUCUUUCUUCUCUCUUCCAAGCAACCAAUCAAGCAAGCCAUGAAAUGAAGAAAAAAAACAUUUUCAGUGACAGUACGCGAAUGUUGUACUUUAUAGAAUAUGAGAAACGAGUAAAACAAAACAGCAGCAGAAACCGAUUUGACCAUGAUCUCUAAGGAUUUGGAAUCCGACUUUUUUAUGGGUAGGAUGAUUUGCCUGUUAUUAUAGAUUGCAAAUAUCACAGGCCGGUAUUCGGUGUUCGGUAUUUGGGAGAAAUCGCUACAAGUGAGAACGCGCUGUAAGAAAUUGCCAAACUUAUUAGGAGGUAACUGCUAGUAAAGCGAGAUAUCGUAAAAGCUAUGAUUUUUUGUUUGUUUUUUUUUGUCUUCGAUUAAGCAGCACACUCAAGUUUAUUAUAUGUAUUAGCUUAGCUGAAGGACAGGAACCAGUUGAAACAGAUAAGCCGCCUUGAUCAAGGAUUCCGGCGAAGAUCAAGGACAGAUAGAUAAAAAAAUGCAUUCAUUUAGUUAAGACCUAGCGCUUACGUUUGUGCAUUCUAA